UUGAUAAGGCAAUUUGCUAGAUUCGUAGUCAGUGACCACGAUUGUACUAAAACGGUGGUGGAGUGCGCUCUGGAUCAAUUUUAAAUUUAAAUUCGAACUAAAUCUCCAAAGCCUAAAAUGGCAGCUAGCGAAACAUUACGGAAAUGUAGAGAUGCUAUCUUGAACAACAAAGUGGUGACCUGUUUGAGUGUGGCACUUUUUGCCUUUGUGAUAGCGACCAUUGCGUUGGCCACAUCAAACCAAAGUAAGAAGAACGCUAUUCAGGUGUGUCAAGCAGUGCUAUCGCAUGCGACACCACUCUGCUCGGUAAGCAUAUCAAAUGAUCUUCCUGAUUAUGCUCCGGUCUAUUUGCGAUCAGAUGGCAAUUCGUACAAACUAUGGGCUCCCAGUGGAUCGCUGCUGAAAUGGAAUACAACUCAAGAAAAAACUGCCCUGCUCUGUUCGGGCGAUAACAAUGUCCUGGAACGAACCAACAUCCAAUUUAAUGAGAACACCUGCUCCAGUGGGCAAGAAUUUUUGUUAGUAGGAGCAACAUCUUCCAUUGCGACUAAGGAUCUGAAAUGUAAGAGUUCUGUAGAUGGAGAGUGCAGUGCUACUACCGAGUCAUGUGCAAAUGGUCGAGGCGUUCUGAAUAAACUGGGAUUCAAUAGUGGACAAUCGAGUGGAUUCAUCACUUACAUUGAGGCCUGUUUUGAUAAGGAUAGAUCAUCAGUUUUGUACACGCGGCAUAUCUUACCCGGAGGAGCUAUAGCAAAUGCCGUGUCUGCUGAUGCCUAUCAAACUUGGAGAACUACAGGAAUUGACGAAAAAGUUACCAUUGAAACCUCCUACACUCAAGCAUCUCAAAUUGAUCGGCUGACAACACUUCUAGGGUCUAAGGAACAGGCUGCAAAAUAUGUACAAGAGGGUGUAAAUUAUCUUACCAGAGGUCAUCUUACGCCACGAGGCGAUGGAAUCUUUCAAAGCUGGAAACAUGCAACAUUUUUCUAUACUAAUGCAGUGCCUCAAUGGAAUGUCAUCAACGAAGGAAACUGGAAUAACAUAGAGUUACGUGUUAGGAUGAUUGCGUCGGUACUACAGGAGGAUUUGCUCGUUGUUCAGGGAACAUUUGGUGUCCUGUCUCUAUUGGAUGCGAAUAGCAUUUCGCAACCUAUCUCUUUGUCUACAGCUGGAAUUGAUGUUCCCUUGUGGGUAUGGAAGAUUAUUAAGUCUCCGAGCAGGAACGCCGGAAUUGCAUUCGUAACGUUGAACAACCCAUAUGAAACCUCCUCCAUAAUUGAGCUACUGUGCACUGAUGUGUGCGAAAAGUAUGGUUGGGCAGAGGCACAGUACAGCAAGUUUUCGGCAGGCUUCACGUAUUGUUGUGAUCCAAAUGAUCUCAUUCGAAUGGUUCCGCAUGCACCUUAUGAAGCAUUAGUUAAGGAUGUUCUUACUCAAUCAAUGCUGACUUCCAAUGGAGUGAGCUUAAGCUCAUGGUUAUGUUUGGUAGUAGCUGCCGGGUUGCUUCAACUACUGAGAGUUGUUUAAUUUUAAUUAGGUUUCGAAUUAUGCAAUUAAUUCAAAUUUGUUGUUAUGUUAGAAAAAAUAAAUGUACAUUUUUUCCACUAACACCCCAGCAUAAACUUAUUUACACUCAAUUGGAAUGUUUGCAACCGUACCGAAAUGG